GCUGCACAGCAGAGGGCGUCUACCAUGGCCCCCGCGCCCUACGCCGGGGCCUCGCACAACAAAGUGAGCAGGAAGUUCCUGGAGACCUCCAAGUCCGCGCGGUCGACGCCGCUCCUGAACAAGCGGCCCUGCGCCCCCGGAGCCGAGGCGCUCGCCCCCAUCCGAGAGGACGCCCUCGACAUUGUGGAGGCAGCCCAGGAUGAGAUGUUCCGGACCGUCUCACAGGACUUGUCCAUUCUGACGGGCAAGCCUCGGAGUACUUCCAGAGCUGCGCUGGACGCAGUAGAGAACGACCGAGAAGAGGCUUACGCACUUCUGAUGUCAGACCUGGCGCUCACUGUGGUCGAUAGCUUGCCGUGUGAGAUCGCUCCACUGGAUGCUGGUGAAGCCGUGUGGCUAGAUAGUGAGGAGAAGGUCUCCUGCCCGGGCGCGUACGCAGACUGCUCCCUGCUGCGGGUGGCGCACGGGCGAAACGAGGACCUGCGGCUGUUUGCCCUUGAGCCUGUGCAGGUGAUCUGCCUGCUCCCGCACGGGGAGCCCCCGGUGCCAGGCUGGGACGGGCUGGACCAGGACGACGGGCUGCCCGAGGUCUGCGGCCUGGAGCCGGGGUUGCUGGCCCCGCAGGCGUGUAAGUUCGACCCCGGCCCCGUGGUGGUGCCGCUGCGGCACGCGCGGCUGGCGCUGGUGAGGGUGCUGAAGAACCCCAGCAUCCGGCCACCGGGCAACUCGGUCGCUCCCCCCAGCCAGCGGCCGCCAGGCCCCGCCGCGGAGAGGCUGCGCGGAGAGCCGGCGCCCAAGGGCGAGGCCGAUGCCGCUGGCGAGGGCGCGGCGGCGCCGGAGCUGCUGGCCGCGGGGCUGCACAGGUACAGGCUUCUGUCGCAGGCCGGCAGCGGGGCCUUCGGCACCGUGCACCUGGCGGAGGCGGACGACGGCCGGAGGGUCGCUGUGAAGGUGGUGCGCCCGGACGCCGAGGGGCGCGAGGAGCGGGAGGGCCAGUUGUUGCAGAGGAAGAUGCGCCACCCGUGCAUCGUGCCGUGGGUGGACUCCUUCCGCGCGCCCGGCGUCGACGGCCGGACCGCCGUCCACAUCGUAAUGGAGACCUUUGUACCUCCCCGACACGCUCCACGGCCGCAUCGGCGGCAGGCCGCUGGAGCCGCACGCCGUCGCGUGCUUCUCGUGGCAGCUCCUGCGCGCGCUGGCGCACCUGCACGGCGUUGGCGUCGCGCACCGCGACGUGAAGCCCGAGAACGUCCUCCUUAG